GCUGCAGGGAGGUCUAGAACAUUAAGAGCGGACAUCGAUCCUUUACUCACCGUCAAGCAGCCGAAGCGCCGACCGGCAACGCUAGACGACGGACGCCACGGACAAGUAUGGCAACCGCGGCGCCGGCAGCCGGAGCGGCCGCAGAACCGUCGUCCACUGAUAGCGAAAUCUACUACACGCAGUACAAGUCCGAGGUGGAGAUACCCAUCAUCACGGCCCUCAUUGAAAAGGAGCUCUCAGAACCCUAUAUCGUCUAUACUUAUCGCUACUUUGUCAACCAGUGGCCUCAACUCACAUGGCUCGCCUGGCAACCAUGUCCAGCCUCCCAGCAUGAGAGCUCAGCAGAGCCAGCGGGCUCCUCCAUCCCCGGCACGGGAGCUCGAAACAUCAACGACAUCCCCGUCGGAGUCGUCAUCUGCAAGCUGGACAGACAUCUCAAGGGCGAACGACGGAUGAGGGGCUACAUUGCCAUGCUCAGCGUCCACCCAAGUUGGCGCGGCAAAGGCAUCGCCUCUCGUCUUGUACAAUUGAGCAUCUCUUCCAUGCUGCCUCUCAAAGCACAGGAGGUCGUACUAGAGACCGAGGUGGAUAAUCUGGCCUCGUUGAAGCUGUAUGAUCGAUUGGGAUUCAUGAGGGAGAAGAGGCUGCAUCGCUUCUACCUCAAUGGCAAAGACUGCUUUCGUUUGGUACUGCCGCUGCAGGAGGAGGUCAAGGACGAGACGACAGAGAAGGCAGGGACAGAGAAGGAGAAGGCAAGCUGAAGAUACAAAGGCAAGAGAUCAAGGAAUACUCCAUCGUCACCAAUGUCACUCGAUACCCGGGAGUGGUCGGAACAGUCGGACCAAAAGAAAGUGCUAAGCGUUGAGAAGAAGGGCAAAUCUAACGACACAGACAAGAGUAAAGGAGAGGUCGGAGAGCCACAGGAACACUAGCAAUACGAAGAG